UCAGUCAGCUGCUACUGAUCUGUUUACGUUUAAGAGGAAUACGGGGAUGAAGCGCUUCAGUUUAUGAAGUAGUUAUUUCAAAUUUCAGAUAACUUAUUUAUUUCGGCCAGCUCAAAAUUUCCGUAUUUUGAAUUUGAAUAAUGACAAAUGUGAUCUUUUCACCCAAUAAUGCAAAACUUUAGUUAUUGGAAUUUAAUUGUCUUAUUUUGUUUUUUGUUAUAAAUGCUUAACGAUAGCCUUGUAUGAGGAUUAUAAACAUUUUCCUUAAUAAGAUUCCAGAAAUGGAAAUAAAAAGAUAACUUUCUGUUUCGAUAUACCAUUUUAUUACCGUAAUUUGAAAUAAUAAUUUUAUCGUGCUGCAAGUUUGUCUAUUUUCUGUUAUUUUACCUCAUUCGUAUGCUAGAGUAAAACGAGGGAUUAACCUUAAUUAGAAAAUUUAUUAGGGCUUUAUGAUCUCAUUUGAUAAGGAUCAACACAAGAUUCAGUCGUAGGACUGGAUAUUUACACAGCAAGAACAGCCUGAAUAGUUAAACAUAUUUGUUUUUAUAUAUUUUUAGCAACUUCCUUUUGAAAAAAAAAUCAUGGAUUCCUCAGAAUUUUGGCAUUUGUUACCGGAUCCGUUGUUAUUGUAUAUAUUUUCUCAUCUGAGUGCUAAAGAAUUAUUAAAUGCUCGAGGAACUUGCAGAAACUGGCUUCGUGUGGCUACAGAUGAGUUUCUUUGGAAGCGAUUGUUUCACAAUGAUUUCAAAAUAGAUAAAAGUAUACCUAUCGCACCGGGAAAGUAUUCAUGGUUUAAUGAAUACCGAAGAUUGAAAUAUCAUAUUCCAAGUGAACAAACUGAAGUUUUAGUGGAACAUACUCAUCAAGUACUUCAUGUCAGCUAUGCACACAAUGGAAAAAUGUUUGCAAGUAGUUCUAAAGAUGGUUAUAUCAAGGUAUGGACUUCUACUUACCCUGCAAAGGUUCUCUAUAGCACCGAUAUGAAAUCAUUUAGUUGGAAUUAUACACAGUUUUCCCAAUUUAAUGAAUCAGACACACUCCUUCUUGUAUCUGGUGUUCACUUUGGAGCUCAUACAGCUUCAGGAGAGAUAGCUGUUUUUAAUCUUCAAGGCAAUUUUGCUCUGCAGUGUAGAGUUUUGAAUAAGCCAUAUGAUACUUUUGGUACUUGGUACACUGAUGAAUACUUAUUAUCUGGUCGAUUACAUUUCUUAGGACACUUAGUGUCAUGUUCUGCUCUGUGGUUGAAUAAGGCUUAUCAAGAAUCUGAAUCUGAAAAGAAGCCUAUAGUCAAACGCCUUUUUAAAUUUUAUAAUCGUAAAGCAAGCUCCAUACGCACAAUUGCAGUGGCCAACUGUUUAAUGCCCGAGUCUAAAGCAGAAGGCUCUGAUCCAAAUCUUACAACAACUUCAUCUAGAAAACCUGUUGUUCAUGGAAAUCCUGUAUCUAAGAAUGCCUUAUCUGCUGAUGCCUGGCCGACUGUUCGAGGGCGUACUAUCGAGUUGGCAUCUGGAUCAUUAACACAAGAUAUAAAGGUGCAAUAUACUGCUGAAAGUAAUGAAGCUUGUACUAUGGACAGUCCUAUAAGAUAUAGUCAAGAAUAUCGAAGAGCAGAGAGUGCUGAUAUGCCAUCAGAUUCUAGUGAAGAAGAAGAUAAUACUAGCUCUGACUUUGAAGAUCCAUUACUGCCUUGGGAUGAAGAAUGGAGUGGUUUAAGUGAUGAGGAAUAUGGUCAUUUGCCUCUAUUUGGAGCCAGUUCAAAGAAGAAAUUUGCCAAAUCAAAUCAAAGUAGUGCUCCAAAAUUAUGUAGUAAUGAAGAAGAUGAAAAUGCAGAUAGUUUAGAUGAUGAUAGCAGCAUUGAAAAAAUAUUGGAUCCACGAGAAAAAUUCCUCAUUUUUACCACUGGUUCUUUAACAUAUACUCCUCACCAAAUUGGAUUUAAAAGAAUCAAACCUUUCAAGUUUGCUGAAAGGAUUACUGAGACUCCAACUUUGUUACAAAGAUUGGCAGAAAGGGAAGAAAGAAAUAGUAAUCCUACUGUCUCCCCUAACUGGCAUGAUGAGGAAACGAUUAUGCAUUAUUUUGAUCAAGUGGAUCAUUUAAUAGAUCUUCAUGGUCAUAUAAUAGGAAUGGGUCUAUCUCCUGAUCAUAGAUACUUGUAUGUGAACAGUAGGCCAUGGCCCCAAGGCUAUGUCAUAGACAAUCCUUUAACACCUCCACCUAUUGCUCAGGAAAUUGAUAUUCACGUAAUAGAUUUAUGUACAUUGAAAGAAGUUGGAACCAUGUUGCGGUCUCACAAGGCCUACACUCCAAAUGAUGAAUGUUUCUUUAUAUUUUUGGAUGUGAGUGAUCAAUAUGUUGCAAGUGGUGCUGAGGAUAAGCAUGGUUAUUUGUGGGAUCGUCAUUAUGGAAAUUGUCUUUCAAAGCUGCCCCAUAAUGAUGUUGUGAAUUCUGUAGCUUUUAAUCCUAAGGAUCCAGAAAUGCUGGUGACAGCAAGUGAUGAUUUCACUCUUAAAGUUUGGCGAUCAAAGAACCGAGUCAAGGAAUUGAACAUAUCUAUGGAAGAUAAAAUGCAGUGUGAAGAUAAUGAAGCAAAGAAUUAAUCUGACUGUCUGGAUCAUCAGAUUGUUGUUAGCUAAGAAAAAAUAAAAUAUUUAUUGUAGUGAUUGCUCCAUGUUUGGGGUCGAUAUUAAUGCCUUGUACCGGUUUGAAAAUUUAUCCAUUUUAGCAUAAUUUUAACUCUGGCCAUAAUUCAUAUUAGAUUAUUAUGCAAGUCCAAAAAAAUGCUUUUUAGUGAAUAAAUGCACAUUUAUUUGUUGUUAUUUUCAUUUAAAGUCUAGAUACUAUUUUUUUUUUGUUGAACUUUUCAUUUUUUUUUAGUGUGUGUGUGUAUGUGUUGUGGAUUUCAGCAAAAGGCUUUUAAACUGCCUGUUUAUUUUAAUUAACUUUUUUGUGAUAUGUUAUUAGAAAUUUCUACAUAGGAUUAUCAUUUUAGUGUAUAAAAAAUUACCAGAUGUAAUUAAAAAAAAAUUGUGUGUAGUAUUAUAUCUAAGUUGUGAUCUGAACAUAUACACAGGUUAAAGCUAUAUUUUGUAGUCAGAUAUAAAAUCUGUUUCAGUGUUAUAAAUAUGUGAUCUGUAUUAAAUGAAUGAUACUUUUUUAUAGAAAUGCUUGGGCAGAGCUUAAAGUUACAACAUAAUUGAUGUUGUUCCCUGUCAAAAAUUCAACUAUGUUUGUGUUAGCAUUUACAAUUUUAUGUUCCUAGCUAUGUUCAUGAUAUGGAAGUUUUACAUGACAUUGCCGUUUGUAUGACUUGAAAAAUAUAAAAGAAAUCUUUUGUUAAUUGUAAUAUAAUUAAUCUCGAAAUUUUACAUUAUUUCAGUUCGUUAAAUUUAUAAUUAAAAAAAAAACUUGAAAAAUUAUACAUUUAAUUAAAAAUUUUUUAGCAUAUAUUAUAACAAACAAAUUUAAAUUAUUUGCAAUUAAAUUUGUUAAUUAUUAAAAUCAUUCAAUUCUUCUAAUUUUAACUUUACAGUGCUCUGAA